UGAUUGCUGAGAGGAAUCGUCUUUUAUGGUCAAUCUAGGCCAAUAUUUAGAUUGAUCGAGGUUAUCCUUUAUUCCACCAGUAGUGUCUAAAACAGCUUUAUGGGCGUCAUUUCCUGCAAUAUGUUUUGUUUGACAUUUUCUGGUUAGCGGUUGUAUGUUUCAGCUGAGGAGAGAGAGGUGGGUGAACAUAUUUGCAUCAUGUACAUAGAAUAUAUUGUAGCUUGCUAGCCUAGCUAACUAGCUAGCUACUUGGGUAGAUAAACAAAAAACGUGGGAGACGUUUAAAAACGUUAUUUAAAGUUACCAUGAACUGUAAAACCGCUAGGUCGUUGCAAAACAUUGAGCGGUGAUUGGGCAAAAGGCUUUUCUUUUGCCGGUGCGUGGGGCAGCUGUCGCUAUUUCAAAGCAGUGAAUGAAACUCUUACACUGACAGCUAACUAGCUAGGUUAGCUAACCAGCAUCUUGGAAUUAGUUAUCUCUGCUUUCUUCUGGUAUAGUUGAACUUGACAGGAACUCAGCUAGUUAACUAGCUAGCUAGACAGCUAGAUAUGCUAACAAGCUUGUGGUAGUAGUAGCAGCUAGCUAGCUAGCAUAUCGAUAGAGUAGCUGUUACUUUAGUUUGUUUCGCUAGCAUAUGACAGGUCUAGCAACAAGAGUAUCAAAUGUAGCGUUAGCUAACUAGUUAGCUUGAUAACGUUGGAUGGCUGUCUUGGUAAGACUGGUUAUUGGCUUCGUUUUGAAUGAAUACUGGUCGGAUUAGGUUACAGAAAAUUAGCCUGAUGAUCGUUGUCCGAUAUAGCGAGGUAUUUAGCAUAAUUCGGUGCAUGUGACGGGCCACUUUCUGCGUUAUUAUUCGGUGUGAGCCACGCUAGCUUUCUGUUUAUUCCUCGAUGCAAAAUAAACAGAAUAUCAGUGGUUACUGAGGUUAAAGAUUAUUCUCCACUCUUUUCCGGACAUUAUUUUUUGGGAGUUGUUUAGUUAGGCUCAACACAUACAAUGGAUUUGAUGGACCAUUGCAAAGAUACAUCACAUUUGUAUAACUUCCAGGGGUGGAUCUGAACCUUAAAGAAAGCUGUCAUAGUUAAGUUAGUUAAUCAAUGAGAGCUCAAUAUUAAGUUACAGUUAUUACCCUGAACCUAAGAGGACAUGGCCAGCCAACAACCUGCUGAUCUCACUCUUGCUUGGGAAAAGUAUAUGGAUUGUCGUUCCCAGGGAGCAGAUCUUCAGAUCAGUCUGCAGUACCUGGAGAGUUUCCUUAGUUUGUUUCACUGUGUGCAACACCUCAGUGACCCUGCAGCAAAGGAUGCCCUCAAAUUCUGCUCAGACAUGAGUGGUGCCAGUAACACGCUAGCGAGGGAGUUCCUGACAGAUGUCCAUCAGCUGUGUAGUGCAGUGGCCCAGCAGGCGGAGGUCCAAAGGGAGGAGGAAGAAGAGGAAAGUAACAUGGUUGCCCUGGGAGAAUACCUGGUCCGAGGCCGUGGUUUCCUGCUGUUAAGCACCCUGGACACCCUUAUUGACCAGGAGCUGAGCUGCCGGGAAGAGCUGCUCACACUCUUGUUAUCGCUGCUGCCACUAGUCUGGAAGAUUCCUGUUCAGCAAGAAAAUGCCCCAGAUUUCAACCUGCCUUCACUCCUGGAAGAGUACCUAAAGCAGGAGGAAAAGGCUAUUACUUUGAAGUCAGGGAAGGAGAAAAUUGGUGCAGAUGCACAGAACUCUGGGAAGCGCUCAUCUGGGAGUUGGAAGUCACGUCGUACACGUAGGACUGCUCAGAGAUAUUCAGUGAGGGAUGCUUGCAAAUCCCAGCUCUCUACUUCUGAUUCUGAAGUAAAUUCAGAUGAAAAAGGAGCAAGCCCAGGGACCAAACAUCGCAGGUCCCAUGGUUUAUCUGUGCGUGUUAGUAGCCAGCCUCAGGGGUCAGUCAUUUCACAGCAACAGUCAUUGCAGUGUCCAAUUGUGGACACUAUGGGCAGUUUCGAAAGAUCCCAGCCUCAUGUGAGGAUAUUUGGAAACCUACCAUCUGAUGCUGACACACUAAGUGACCCCACAGCCCUUUCCAUUUUGAACCGUAUGGAAAAUUCGCCUUUUGACCUCUGUCAUGUUCUACUCUCUCUUUUGGAGAAGGUCUGCAAAUUUGACUUGACCAUCAAUCAAAACCCAGGCCUGGCAUUUAGUGUUGUUCCCACACUUACUGAAAUUCUUACAGAGUUUGGGGAGUGCUGUGGACCAGGAGGGGGCAAUGGUGGAGGAGGGAUUGAUGAACUGGCUGGAGGCUGGACUGAGGAGCCAGUUGCUCUUGUUCAGAGGAUGCUGUUACGCACCAUCUUGCACUUGAUGUCUGUAGAUGUUGGUCAGAGUGAGGCCCUACCUGAUAAUCUGCGGCGAAACCUAACUGGCCUUCUCAGAGCUACCCUGAAGAUCCGUAUUUGCCUUGAGAGACAAGCUGACCCUUUUGCCCCUCGGAGCAAAAAGACUCUGCAAGAGGUACAAGAGGACUUUUCCUUCUCUAGGUACCAUCACCGGGCCCUGCUGCUGCCUGAGCUCCUUGAGGGAGUCCUUCAGCUUUUACUUGGCUGUUUGCAUGCCUCUGCCUCCAAUCCUUUUUUCUUCAGUCAGGCUCUUGAGCUCGUUCAUGAGUUUGUUCAGCACCAUGGCCUUGAGCUAUUUGAGUCAACUUCUCUUCAUCUUGAAGCCCUAGUCAGUACUCAGGACUCUGAGAUUGGUGGGGAAGCCUCAGAUCAUUUGCGUGGUCUCAUUGCUGGUGUGCUUAAGAUAAUCAGUGCAGUGAAGAAGGCUAAGUCAGAGCAACUGCACCAGUCUGUGUGUGCAAGGCGUCGACACAGACACUGCGACUACUCUCACUUUUUGCACCAUCAUCGUGACCUCUCAGGAUUGCCUGUUUCCUCCUUCAAGCAGAGAAAUCAACGCAAUCCUUUUGAGGAGGACACUGAUAGCAAUGAUGGGGAAGUGUGCUAUCCUGAGCGUUGUUGUGUUCUGGCGGCUUGUGCUCACCAGUGUCUGCACCUUCUCCAGCGUUUGUCACCCACUGGGCCUGCAGUGCUGCAGGUGCUGGUGGGUGUGCAGACUGUUGGUAUUUGUUGCUGCAUGGACCCACAUUCAGUGGUGAGUCCGCUGCUUCAAGCAUUCAAAUCCCCAGACCUGCACAGCUAUCAGUCCCACGUACUGAAUGUGCUGAGCAAGCUUGUGCUAGAGCAGCUUGGGGGAGGACAAUCUUUAGAGAAGGCCAAGCAUACCUCAUGCAGCAUCUGCACCUUGGACAGCAGCCAGAUACCUGGCAUUGAAGAGACUUUGCAGGGCUGUGGGCCAGGAAAAGAAGGAACAUUCUCUACUUUACUCUGUCCCUCCUACCAUUCACAAGGCAUCCUGCCAUGUACAGGAUCUGAAGACAUGCUCUGGAAAUGGGAUGCUUUAAAGGCUUACCAGAAUAUAGUGUUUGGUGAGGACUGGCGUUUGAGUCAACAGAUUGCCAGCCAUGUAUGCCAAUUGACCUUGAGGGGCAAUGCAAUAGUACAGUGGCAGCUGUACACUCACAUUUUUAAUCCUGUGCUUCAGAGGGGUGUGGAGCUAGCCCACCAUGCCCAGCAACUAGGUGUGUCUCAUACAUGUACCCAGGUAUGCAGCUACCACAUCCAGUGCUUCCCUGUGGAAGUGCUGCUUGUUUACCUCCAGACACUUCCUGCCUUACUCAGGUCAAGCACAGUGGUGCGGGACCUGUUCUUAAGCUGUAAUGGGCUGAGCCAGGUCACUGAACUGAUCUAUCUGGACUGCACUCGGUUUUGGGCACUGAAAGUGUUUGAGACGCUGAUUUUAUGUGGCUGGGACCAGCAGACGGACGAUGGCUUGCUAGGGCUGGGGAAAGCUGAAGACCAUGAGAGAAGGGAUACCCUUGGGAUUGCAAAGGAUCUAGGAGCUCGUGGUGAUGGUUCACACACCCUCAGCAAGUUCUAUGAGGGCCUAAAAGAGGCAUGUCCACAUUGGAGGUGCCAAAGCAGCACGAGUACUGCAAUGGGAUGGAACCACGGAGAAGUGACCUUAAACACCAUUAACCUUUUCUUGUGUGUGGCCUUCUUGAGUGUGAGCAAGGAAGCUGACUCUGAUAGGGACUCUGCUAAUUAUUCUGAGGAUACCUCAGGCUAUGACAGUACAGCCAGUGAGCCCCUGGGUGGACAUUUACCUUGCAUCUCACCAGACAGUGUGGCACUGCCCUCCAAAGAGCAGGUGAGGCAAGCAGCGGAUGUGUGGUCUGUAUGUCGCUGGAUCUACCUGGCCAGUCCAGUGUUUCAGAGGCAAUUCUUCAGGCUGGGAGGCCUGGAUGUGUGCUGUCGCCUCAUGACUAUGGUCAUACAGAAAUUUACGGCUAAGACCAAAGAUAAUAAAGCUAAGAAAAAAAGGGAGGGUAAGGGCAAAGCAAGUUCAUCUUGCUCAGACUCGCCAACCCAGACACCGGUGCACACUGAGGUGGUGUCCACAGUAAUGGGGUUACAUGAGGCAGGGGUUACACAUCUAGACCUCAGCAGAUCUUUCAGUCUUGGUCAGGUGGAAAGCAAGAGCAAGGACUCAGCACACAAGCUGGAAGAAGAGUGGCCUUUGCAAAGUAUCCGGUUGCUGGAAUCUCUUCUGGCUAUUUGUCUUCACAGUGCCAACUUGGUACUUCAGAAACUUGAACCAGAUCCUUCAUUUCAGCUUCAGUCUGUGGAGGACACUUUGGGUCAGGUGAAGGAUCAGCUGACCCGCUCUGGUGUGGUGAACUCUGACCUGGCUGUUCCCCUGUUUGACUCGCUGUUGUGUGUGGCACUAGCUCAGGUGUGUGUCACUCCAGUUCCCAAUGAAGAAAAACCUGAAAAGAAGUCUCAGGGAGGCUUUGAGGUGCCAGCUCAGGCGGGGGAUCUGUCUGAAGAAGUGGAUGAAGUUCAGGCAUGUGGUGGUCAGGGCCUUGGAGAGGAAGAAGGCUACGAGGCUGACAGUGAGAGUAACCCUGAGGAUUUUGCCCAGCCAGAGGAAGGUGAGAAGGUGGAUGUGACAGCUCCACUGGGGGAAUGUGCAUUUGGACCCACUGGCAUGGCCCACGGCCCUCGCCAAGGCCUCCUGCUCUUCCCAGAAAUCUGUCUUAUGGAGCUGCAGCUACUGGCAAACAGCUCGCCAGAGCUGGAUGCCCUGGGCCACGUACUGCAGGGUCUGCUGGGAGCCAUACGAGGUCACCCUUGCAACGCUGCAAUGAUUUAUCAGCAGGGUGCUGUGAAAACCAUUCUUACUGGCUUUCAGAACAUACUUAGUCAGUCAGAUCCCUGCUAUAAAGAGUGCCAGACAGUGCUGCUGGAGCUGUUGGUUGCCAUGGUGAGCAGUAGGAUCACAGCUGAAGAGCUGGCCUUAUUGAUCCGUCUCUUCCUGGAGAAGGCACCUCCCACUGAGAUCUUGCUGAAAGGCCUUCUCCAGGUGGUGGAGGCUAACACAGAUACAGAGCCCUUGCACUACCUGUCCUUCCCUAUGCUCCUGGAUGUUGGCCUCCCAGGCACCAGCAUCUCUGUAGGGCCAAAGACCAAUGGAGUGACCGUAGCCAGAGCAGGAAUGAGCAUGCUGUGGAGGGGCAAGCUGUGUGCAAGCAGGGCCGAGGGCGAUGGACGGCCUGGGCACUUGCGUGCUUCCCCCUGGCACAUUGCUCCCCUCCACCUUGCUUUGGUGGGGCAGAAUUGCUGGCCACACAUGGCCAGUGGCUUCAGUGCCUCACUCUGGGUACGAGUCAUGAAGAAUGAGGAUGAGGAGGAGCGGCUAUACAGAGGUGAAGAGCUGAGACGGGAUGACGCGGUCCAAUAUGGGGCCUCUCAGUUGGAUGAAUGGCAGGGGGAGAAGGGCCUUCUACAUGUUCUCUCCUUGGGCUCCAAAGCUUUGAUGCUGCAGGUCUGGACAGAUACCUCUACUGGAGCCUGCACCUUCAGGAUCUGCAUUGAUCCCAAUGAUGAGAUGAAAGCUGGUCUGUUGGCUCAGACUGAGUCUGAUGAGGGAUUGCUGACUGCAGGCCACUGGCAGCAUUUGGCACUUACCUACACACAGCAGCCUGAGGGCAAGAAGAACAUUCGUGGUUGUGUGGUGCUCUGGGUGUGUGGCAUCAAAAAGUGCAAGGUCUCACUGGACUACACGCUUCCUAGGAAGUCCAGUCUGUCAUCUGAUAGUAACAGGACCUUCUGUAUGCUGGGUCAUUGCCUAAAUGCUUCAGAUGAGCUGCCUCAACUUGUGGUCCCACGCAUGGAUAUGGGCACCCUGCUCCUGUUUAAUGGCUCCAAAAUCAACACUGAGGAGGCUUUUUAUCUUUAUGCCAGUGGCCCUGACCUCACUUCCAUCAUGCCAUGCAAGUAUGGGAAGCCCAGCGGAACACUCUCUAAAUAUGUUACACAGGAUGGUCUUCAGUGUGAGCAGAUUCGGGAACUACUGAUGAGAAGUUCUGAAGUAGAUGUGUCGCUUCUUAUCGAGAGCCUGGCAGUUGUAUACUCACCCAGCAGCCCAUCUGUCUACACCAUCUAUGAACCCGUCAUCCGUCUGAAGGGCCAGGCCAAGACACCUGUCCCUACCCAGAGGCCUUUCAGUGUUAAAGAGGCACAGAGCUCCAUGCUUGAGCCUCCUUCACUCAGGAGUCUACAGGCUACCCAGCCCCAUGGCCUCCACAGCUGCCUCCAUAUGAUUGGAGGCACUGGUGCAUUCGUCUUCCUCUUUGCUCGGGUGGUGGAGUUGAGUAAUUGUGAGAGAACUCAAGCACUGGCUCUGCAGGUGCUGUUGUCGCUUGUCAAGUGUAAUCAACAUCGCAUACACGAGAUGGAGUGUUGUCUUGGUUAUUCCAUGAUUCAUCAGGUCCUUAUCAAGACUAAGUGCAUUGUAGGAUAUCAUAUUCUUAAGACUCUGCUGCAUGGCUGCUGCUCCGGCACUAUUCUAACAGUGGGAGUGGAUGGCCAGUGGCAUCUGGACACUGAGUCCACUGCUGUGGUGCAGGACCUCAGACUGCUCUCUGAAAUACUACUGGACUGGAAGAUAUGGGCCAAAGCUCAAGGUGGAGUGUGGGAGACUUUGCUGGCUGCUCUGGAGAUCCUGAUCAGAGUGAACCAUCCUCAACAGACAUUCAACAUCCAGCAGCUUCUUAAAGGCCAGGUCGUGCACCGCUUCCUGCUCACCUGCCAGGUUCUGCAGGAGAAUCGGGACGAGCACCUCACUUCCAUCCCACAGGAAGUCUGCCUUUCCUUUGUAAAAAUCAUUCAGGAGGUGUUAGGCUCUCCUCCCGACUUGGACCUGCUGCGACUACUCUUUAACUUUCUGUUGGCUGUGCACCCACCUACAAACACCUAUGUGUGCCAUACACCUUCCAGCUUUUACUUCUCCUUGCAUAUUGAUGGUAAGCUUUACCAGGAGAAAGUUCAGUCCAUGAUGUAUCUGCGCCAUUCCAGCAAUGGAGGGAAGUCAGCAAGCAGCUCUGUGUUCUCUCUCUCCCCAAACCCCUUUCCUGAAACACGAGCCGAAGUGCACCAGCCUUCUUCAUUUGAGCACGGAGGGGCCAACCACUCCCUUCUCCCUACCUCUCCCUCUUCUUACUCCUCCCCAGCCCUUGUGGCCCAUCUGCACCACCAAGGCUCUGCUGAAGCCCCUGAUACAGACAAGGGAGUGAUCCUAACGACACAGCAGGCCCUCAGCAGCAAUGACAACGGUGAUAACGAGAACCUCCUUAGCAGCUGUGAGUCAGUCAAAACCAUCUGCGACUCUCAGGACACAAAGGGGAUAGAGGACACCCAUCAUACACCUUCUAUGGUUGGGGUGGGGGUUGAGGAGGUCCUCCAGAUGCCCUCUGGGUUUGGGGUUGAGGUUGAGGAGGGCCAUCAAACGCCUUCUGGGGUCAGAGUUGAGGCUGCCACCCAGAUGCCCUCUGUCAGCAUGGAGGAAGACCAGGAAGCUCGAGCAGGCAGCUCAGCAGAGGGCAGCGUUGGCACAGAAUCAGAGGAGCGCAGGCAUUUGACAGGGGAGGAGGCUCUGCGCAGGCCAGACAGCUUAAAGGGCAUUCAGUCAUUUCAAAGGAGCCAAAGCAACCUGGCCAGCCUAGGCCUGGCCUUCCCAGCACAGAAUAGCUCUCUUGCCAUUGUUCGUUGGCCCAGUGUGACCGACCGGCCUGCCCCAUGUGAUGACUGGGAGAGCUACACCUACUCCCCUGGAUAUGAGAGGAUGCACAGCAAGGCCAACUCCACAGGUGACAGGUCUGGAACGGAGGACUGUUUGGUACUGAUCUGCUGUGGGCUUUAUGAGCUACUGAGAGGUGUCCUGCUGUUGCUGCCAGAUCUCAUGCUGGAGGAGGUGAUGGACAAACUGAUCCAACCAGAGGCCCUCAUUGUCCUGGUCAACCACUCCUCCCCUCUCAUUCAGCAAGGGGUGAUGAAGCUACUGGAUGCAUACUUUAGUCGAGCCCAGAAGGAACAGAAGGAGAAGUUUCUAAGGAACCAUGGCUUUUCUCUGCUGGCCAAUCAGCUGUACCUGCACCAGGGUACUCAGGGUGUGCUGGAGUGCUUCCUUGAGAUGUUGUUUGGACGGCCUGUUAGCCUAGAGGAGGAUCUUGACCUGGAGGACAUGGACAGCAUCUCUCCGUUCAGGAAGCGCUCCGUUGUGCCUAUACUUGGCUUGCUAGAGAACUCGCUGUAUGAGAAUUCAUUGGUCCACAACACGCUGUGUGUACUGCUGCAGCUUCUGAACGCCUGCCCCAAACUGGCUGACAUCCUGCUGGACCAUGGCCUACUCUAUGUGCUCAUCAACACAGUGUCCACCCUUAAUGGCUUGGAGAGCGGGAUUCCUCUGAAUGAUUACAAGCUUCUAGUGUGUGAUAUUCAGCAGCUGUUGGUUGCGGUGACCAUCCAUGCCUGCAGCUCCUCCGGCUCCCAAUACCUCCGCAUCAUUGAGGAUCUAAUCACCUUGCUGGGCUUUAUGCAGAGCAGCAAAAUCCCCCGCACGCAGGAAAUGGCCAUGGCUCUGCAGUUCCGCAUUCUCCAAUCAGCCAUUGACUUCAUUAAGACAACAGCCCAUCAGGACCCUCAGAAGGGAAGCACCUCCUCCCAUGUCCCUGGCCCUCUGCAUCACACUCUCCAUCAGAAGCGCAAAAGCAUUCCAGGCUCAGUGGACCUGAAAGACUCCAUAAUCCCCCGUAUCCCCCGGCAACACUACUGCUCCUAUGGCCAGAUUCCCUUGCCCCCUGCAUUCAACUUCCUGUCCUUGGACACAUCCCUCCCUUCCCCCACCGGAUUCUCUUCCUUUGUUUUCUUCUUCAACCCAGGCCUUCGGAGGUUCUCCUUAGCACAGUCUGACUCCUUGCUAACACGGAUGCGCUCUGUGGCCAGCGAUGAGCUUACCCAAAUGAUGCAGCGGCGCAUGAGCCAGGAGAAUCCCAUCAGAGCCAGUGAGACUGAGUUCAUCCAGAGGCUGCAGAGACUGGUGGUGCUGGCCGUCAACAGAGUCAUAUACUAUGACAACAACAAAGAUUUCUUCGACCUCUUAAACUUUCCGGAGACUCCUGAGAGCACGUUGCCUACACCGUUACCUGGUGAGCAGGUAUCAGAGGAGAAUAGCUUCAAUCUUCCUGCUUCUUUCCCUCUGGCGAACAUGAAGUGCUUCCAAAAGGACCUCCUUAAACUCAUGAUAGAAGGCAUAAAGAUCAGCCUGGGCAAUACUGGUCGUGGUGGAGCUCCACGACAGCAGUGGGCCCGUAUUCUCUGGUCUUGUCGUGACACGUUCAAGGUCCAGAUCGGCCGGCUGCUGGUCCACACCCUCAGUCCUUCACUCCCUCUGCAGGGUAGGAAGGAGGCACUAGAGUUUGUCCAUGAGCAAAACCAUCCAGACAUCCUGAGAGAGAGCCUCAGUCCUGGCCUGGAGCAUGGACCCAAGCUGGCUAUCUACCUGUACGAGAUGCUUCAUGACCACAAAGACAGCCUCAGUAAGGAAGAGCAGGUUGCUGCCAACACUUUUAUGACCUCACUGAAGCUGUGUGGCCAUCGCUGCAUCCCUCCCAAUGCCCCACCCAAACCAGACCUCCUCAAGGCAAUUAAGGAGGAGCAACUCAAAUAUGAGUCAGAGGGAAGAACAAGCAAAGGUGCAUGGGAGAGGAAACUGGCUAAUGCCCAAAAAAUGCUAAUGCAGAGACUGGAUAGUAAGUCCAAGGACAUCUCCAAGAUUGCAGCAGACAUAACUCAGAACGUGUCUCUGAGACAAGGCACGGAGAGGAAGAAGGUCAUUCAGCACAUCCGAGGCCUCUACAAGACUGACCUGAGUGCGAGCCGUCACUGGCAAGAGCUAGUGCAACAACUCACCCAUGACCGUGCGGUGUGGUAUGACCAGUUGUCCUAUCCCACUUCGUGGCAGCUGGACCCCACAGAGGGGCCAAACCGAGAGCGCCGGCGCCUACAGCGCUGUUACCUCACCAUUCCCAAUAAGUAUCUCCUCAAGGACCGCCGUAAACCAGAGGACACUGUCAAGGCCCCACUGACCUUCCUAUUUGAAGACAAGACCCACUCAUCAUUUUCUUCCACAGUAAAGGAUAAAGCCACUAGUGAGCCCAUCAGAUUUACACGGAAGUGUAUAAGUGUAGCGCCUUCUAGAGAAACCAUUGGAGAAUUGCUCCUAGGGAAGUCAGGAAUGUACUUUGUGGAGGACAAUGCAGCUGAUGCCAGCGAUAACCAGCAAAGUCCUCAUGGAGAGACGGAGCCUGCUUCCUUCUGCUGGACCUAUGAGGAGAUAAAGGAGGUGCACAAGCGUUGGUGGCAACUCCGAGACAACGCUGUGGAGAUCUUUCUCACCAAUGGCCGAACUCUGCUUCUGGCCUUUGAUACUUCCAAGUUUCGUGAUGAUGUCUACCACAACAUCCUUACAUCUGAGCUACCCAACCUGCUGGAGUAUGACAACAUCAGUGCUCUCACUCACUUGUGGGGCUCCAGCCAGAUCACCAACUUUGAGUAUCUCACCCAUCUCAACAAGCACGCAGGGCGCUCUUUCAAUGACUUGAUGCAAUACCCAGUCUUCCCCUUCAUCCUGAGGGACUAUGUCAGUGAGACCCUGGACCUGCAGGACCCCACUGUCUACAGAAACCUGAGCAAACCCAUCGCAGUACAAUCUAAGGAGAAGGAAGACCGAUAUGUGGACAACUACAAGUAUUUGGAAGAGGAGUAUAGGAAGGGUGUCCAUGAGGAUGACCCCAUGCCACCUGUACAGCCUUAUCACUAUGGCUCCCACUACUCAAACAGUGGUACUGUCCUUCACUUCCUCGUCAGGAUGCCUCCCUUCACCAAAAUGUUCCUGGCCUACCAAGACCAGAGCUUUGAUAUUCCCGACCGGACAUUCCACUCCAUGAACACAACAUGGAGACUCUCCUCCUAUGAGUCCAUGACUGAUGUUAAGGAGCUCAUCCCAGAGUUUUUCUACCUGCCGGAGUUCCUGGUCAACAGAGAAGGUUUUGACUUUGGUGUUCGUCAGAACAGCGAGAGGGUGAACCACGUAAAUCUGCCUCCAUGGGCUAGGAACGACCCUCGGCUCUUCAUUCUGAUCCACAGGCAGGCUCUGGAGUCUGAUCAAGUGUCACAGACACUCUGCCACUGGAUAGACCUGGUAUUCGGCCUCAAGCAGAAGGGCAAGGCUGCCAUCCAGGCUAUUAAUGUCUUUCACCCAGCGACAUAUUUUGGCAUGGAUGUGUCUGCAGUGGAAGACCCGGUGCAGCGGCGUGCUCUAGAGACAAUGAUCAAGACAUAUGGCCAGACACCCAGGCAGCUGUUCAGCACCGCCCACAUCAGCCGGGCAGGUCCCAGACUUGUGAUUGAGGGAGAACUGCCUGCAGCCAUGGGCCUUCUGGUGCAGCUUGCAUUUAGAGAAAACCGUGAACAGGCCAAAGAGACUGCCUACCCAGAUUUUAAGAAAUCUACCCCUUUUCAGAGUCCUCUGCCUUGGAUUAAGGGGUUGAAAUGGGGCGAGUAUGUGGGCUCGCCCAGUGCUCCCGACCCAGUGGUGUGUUUCAGCCAGCCCCAUGGAGAGUGCUUUGGCUCCCUACUGGCUCUGCCCACCCGGGCCAUCUGUGGUCUCUCCCGCAAAUUCUGCCUCAUGAUGAUCUACAGCAAAGAGCAGGGUGUCCGGAGCAUGCACAGCACAGACAUCCAGUGGUCGGCCAUUCUGAGCUGGGGCUACGCUGACAACAUGCUGCGACUCAAGAGCAAGCAGAGCGAGCCACCCAUCAACUUCAUCCAGUGCUCACCACUCCACCAGGUGACCAGUUGUGCCUGGGUGCCAGAUGGUUGUCAGCUGUUUACUGGCAGUAAAUGUGGAGUCAUCACUGCCUACAGCAACCGCUUCACCACCACCAUGUCAUAUGAGAUGGAAGUGGAGUCUCAGGUUCACUUGUAUGGUCACACAGAUGAGGUCACAGGACUGUUUGUGUGCAAACCAUACAGCAUCCUGAUCAGUGUUAGCCAUGAUGGAACCUGCAUUCUCUGGGAUCUCAAUAGGCUGUGCUAUGUGCAGAGUCUCGCUGGCCACAAAAGCUCUGUGAACGCAGUGUCGGCGAGCGAGACCACUGGAGACAUUGCUACUGUGUGUGACUCAGUGGGUGGUGGCAGUGACUUGCGACUGUGGACAGUGAAUGGUGAUCUGAUUGGUCAUGUACACUGCAGAGAGAUAAUCUGCUCUGUAGCUUUCUCCAAUCAGCCAGAGGGGGUUUCAGUUAAUGUAAUUGCAGGCGGGCUUGAGAAUGGUCUUGUGAGGCUGUGGAGCACAUGGGACCUGAAGCCUGUGAGAGAAAUAACCUUCCCAAAGUCUAACAAGCCUAUUAUAAGUCUUACAUUCUCAUGUGAUGGGCACCACCUCUACACAGCUAAUAGCGAGGGCACAGUGAUUGCCUGGUGCCGGCGUGACCAGCAGCGCAUGAAGCUGCCCAUGUUCUACUCCUUCCUCAGCAGCUAUGCUGUUGGCUGAGAAGCCCUGUACCCAACCAAACACACACACACACACACACACACACACACACACACACACACACCCUGUGUACCCUAUAGUCCUUUGCUGGUUGGACUUUUACUGACUCCCAAAGUCCUGCUGCCUCAAGGAAGAGGAAUGGCUUGCAUGCACCAGACCCUGCCCCAGCACACCAUGUUGCUCUCUUCAAGGCAUGGGACCACACUCCUCAAAGAAAUCAUACUGUGUGCUAAAGGCUAAUACACUAUAAGGAAAGAGUGUUAUGUAUAUAUUUAUAAAUAGUAUGUUACUUAGGAAGGGGGUGGUUGUUACCACUCAAUAUGUUCUUUCACUUGUGAUCUUUGGUUAGAUUGUAUUAUUUUUGACCUUUUGUUAUGUUUUUUUGUUUUGCUUUGUUUUUUGUGUAUUUGUUUUUCAAAUUGUGUUUUUGCUGUUUGUUUUAUGGUGUUUGGUUUUGCGCCAUGUCAUAAUGGUUGUGUUUUAUUUUGGUGGUGUUUGACUUUGGAAGCUGCUAUAGUAAUUUUGACAGACUCACUCACUCUCUUCUUAGUAUGUUUAUGCUUAACCUGAGAACUGUGAAUGCCUUUGAAUCUAGAACUGGCAGACAUAUUUUUAAUGCUAAAGUCUGGGCACCCUCACAAACUGCACAAACAUCCUGCACAGUGAUGGCGCCAGGGUUAUUAAAUGAGUCUCUUAAUUUAAAUCAUCUUUGAAGACCCUAUAUUACCUAAUGCAUUGGCACAAUUUGCAUGUGUGUGUGAGAGAGAGACAAACUGGUUGCAUGAAUGAGGGGCAAAAAAAUCAUUAGUGUGUGUAUGUAUGGUCAUGCAUGUUUUGUUCAAUUUUUUCCACCUGGUAAAUGAAAUACAAGAAAUACAUUUUAGUUCUCUCUGU